ACGUCAUCACCACGCUCACUCUCGGGGCAGUGCAUUAAUUGUGCGUGAGUAGCUGCGGCGGCGGCAGGGCCAAGGGAAGCUACUACCCCCUACUCCUCCCAACUAGUCUCGCCGGCGGCCGGCCGGCCGGAGUCGAGUCGCUGCCAUGAGACCGCCGACGCCCCUUCCUCUCCUCCUCGUGCUGCUCCUCGCAGCGCUCCUCCCGGUCCCGGCGGUGAAGGCCGGCCCCGCCGCGUGGGAGGCGAUCGCCGCGGCGCGGGGCGGCCGCCGCAGGGUGGCGUCGCCGGCGGAGCAGGAGGCGGCCGCCGCCGGGGUGCUCCGCAGGCUCCUCCCCUCCCACGCCCGCAGCUUCCGCUUCCAGAUCGACUCCAAGGGUGGCGUCUGCGGCGGCGAGUCAAGCUGCUUCAGGAUAAGCAAUGCCGUUGGCUCGGCCAAAAAUGGAGCAGAGAUUCUGAUCCAGGGUACCACUGCGGUUGAGCUCGCAUCCGGUCUUCACUGGUAUCUCAAAUACUGGUGUGGCGCACACAUUUCUUGGGACAAGACUGGCGGUGCACAGCUGGCGUCGGUUCCUUUGCCUGAGCAUCUACCACAAGUAAAAGGGACAGGAGUGAAGAUUGAGCGCCCUGUUCCCUGGAAUUACUAUCAGAAUGUUGUCACCUCUAGCUACUCAUUUGUCUGGUGGGAUUGGAAAAGAUGGGAGAAAGAAAUUGACUGGAUGGCACUUCAAGGAAUUAAUUUGCCUUUAGCAUUUACUGGACAGGAAGCUAUCUGGCAAAAGGUUUUUAAGAGUUUUAAUGUUACCGACAGAGACCUCGAUGAUUUUUUUGGUGGACCAGCUUUCCUUGCCUGGGCUAGAAUGGGUAACUUGCAUGGAUGGGGUGGACCACUAUCACAAAAUUGGCUGGAUCAACAAUUGGCACUGCAAAAGAAAAUACUCUCCCGUAUGAUUGAGCUUGGAAUGGUCCCAGUUCUACCAUCGUUCUCAGGAAAUGUCCCGUCUGUGUUUAAAAAGAUGUUUCCAUCGGCCAACAUAACCAGACUUGGUGACUGGAACACUGUUGAUGGUGAUCCUAGAUGGUGCUGUACUUAUCUUCUUGAUCCUUCUGAUGCAUUGUUUAUUGAUGUGGGGCAGGCAUUUAUCAAGCAACAAAUGAAAGAAUAUGGUGAUAUCACCAUCAUCUAUAAUUGUGACACCUUCAACGAGAAUACACCACCCACAAAUGAACCAGCAUAUAUUUCUUCACUUGGUUCUGCCAUUUAUGAAGCAAUGUCAAGAGGUAACAAGGACGCUGUGUGGCUGAUGCAGGGUUGGCUGUUCUACUCAGAUGCAACUUUCUGGAAGGAGCCCCAAAUGAAAGCAUUACUUCAUUCUGUUCCAAUUGGCAAGAUGAUAGUCCUUGAUUUAUUUGCUGAUGUGAAGCCCAUAUGGCAAAUGUCCUCUCAGUUUUAUGGUGUGCCAUACAUCUGGUGCAUGUUACACAACUUUGGUGGAAAUAUUGAAAUGUAUGCUGUACUUGACUCAAUUUCAUCUGGCCCCAUUGAUGCACGUACAAGUCACAACUCAAUGAUGGUUGGCGUUGGCAUGUGCAUGGAGGGAAUAGAGCACAAUCCAGUUGUUUAUGAACUUAUGUCUGAAAUGGCGUUCCGUAGCCAAAAAGUUGAAGUAGAGGAUUGGUUAAAAAUAUACUCCUACAGGAGAUAUGGUCAAUCAAAUGUUGAAAUGGAGAAAGCUUGGGGGAUUUUGUAUCAUACAAUAUACAAUUGCACAGAUGGAAUUGCGGAUCAUAACAAGGACUACAUAGUUGAAUUUCCAGACAUUAGUCCAAGUUCAUUUAGCUCUGAUCAUUCAAAACAAAGGGAAAUUGCAAAGGUGAGGAAACAUAGGAGGUUUGUCUUAAGCGAGGUGUCUGCAGGCCUACCGCAUCCACAUCUAUGGUAUCCCACGAAAGAUGCCAUCAAAGCCCUUGAACUAUUUCUUAAUGCCGGAAACGAUCUUUCAAAAAGUUUGACAUAUAGGUAUGACCUUGUUGACCUGACAAGGCAAGCACUGUCGAAGUUAGCAAACGAAGUGUACAUCGAUGCCAUGAAUGCUUACCAAAAGAAAGAUUCAAAUGGUCUAAGAUUUCACAUGAAGAAAUUCCUCAAACUCAUUACGGACAUUGAUACACUACUAGCUUCUGAUGAUAAUUUUCUGCUCGGCCCUUGGCUUGAAAGUGCAAAAAGUCUUGCUAUGACUGAAAAUGAACGAAAGCAGUACGAGUGGAAUGCUAGAACACAGGUAACAAUGUGGUAUGACAAUACAAAGACCGAGCAGAGUCAACUACACGACUAUGCCAAUAAAUUCUGGAGUGGACUGCUGAAGAGCUACUAUCUACCAAGGGCAUCGAAAUACUUCACUCGACUAACAAAAAGCCUGCAAGAGAACCAGAGUUUUCAGCUGGAGGAGUGGAGGAAAGAUUGGAUUGCCUACUCGAACGAGUGGCAAUCUGGGAUGGAGCUGUAUGCUGUGAAGGCUACGGGUGAUGCUCUGGCAAUUUCCAGGUCACUCUUCAGAAAGUACUUGAGCUAGCUGCAGCUCUCUAUGUUGUCGAGGUAAAUAAUCGAUACAAUCGGAAAUGGACCUAAAUUGCAAACCGGUGAUUUCAAAUUCGAUCUUUUUCGUGGCUCCGAAUAAGGUUCAGCUGUAAA